AUGAUCCACCUCUUUGCCUUGCGUAUUGAGUCACAUUACAAGACACUGGUCCACACAAUUAUCCCCAUCAGGCAGUGCUUUAUUCUCCUGAUGGCAGUUGUAAACACAGAGGCUCAAAAGAAGCCCUUUAUAAAUAUCCACUCAAAAUGCUUGGGGAAUGUCAUGCGUGUGGACGUCGGACCGCUUGGAGGAAAUCUUCUUGAAGUUGCUGCUGUGAUCAAUAACUCUGCCAUCCCUCUUACACCAAGCUUAGCUUCUCAGUGUGGCUUCAGUAUGAAGAUAGACCAGCUGGGGAACGCCAUGAUCUACGCCUCCCUUCAAAACUGUUUUGCUCAAAAUGUGGAAGACAAAGAAUUCACAACGACAUUAAAUCUUCGACUGUACGGGAACAGGAUGGUUGAAGACCAGCUUUACCAGGUGGCUGAAACUUGCCACUACACCACCUGGGCCUCCAGGGAAAUCGUCUGCGACCGCAGUUACAUGGAGGUGUCUGUGAAAAGGGCAGCUCCACAUGACUAUGCCCUGCCUGAACAUCCCAUCCCAGCGGCUAACCCAAAGUUUGGUGAUCCCCGACGAGCUGCUGAGAAAUGGCCCAUAGACGCAGGCUUCAGAAUCACAACGCUGGUUUUCUUUACUCCUGAGGAGAGGAUUAUGAAGGCGGCUGAAGCCCAGAGAAGCGGUUAUGGGAUUGCAAACACCGCCACAAGGCUGCUUCUGAGAAGUCCAAAGACAUCACCUGAGACAUACACCCAGAAUGUGGCAGGGGUGCCCAUGACCGUGCUCAAAACCUCAAUAAUCUUUGAAAAGAAGUGGCUGGCGACUCAGAUCGAUGCAGCAGCUGCUUGCCCAUCACUGGAGGGCAGCGUUUCCUUCACUCCAGAGAUGAUCAGCUGGUUCCUGCCGAGGCAUAUCGAACCCCUGAUUUCCUCCAGCCAGUUUAAACUGCUGGAGGUUCACGUGGGCGUCGACGGCCAGCGGCUCGACCCUGCUGAGAUGGCUGCCAGACGAUACUCCCUGUCCGUCACCGACCUGCACGUCAUCCUUCAAAUUCCUGUUGGUGCCGUCGGAGGCUACUUUAAGAGUCAUGUUCGGGAUGGUCAGUACUUGACUUAUUAUUCUAUUGAGCCGAUGCUGGAGUUGCUCUGGACCGAAGACGACACUCACGAGGACACAAGAUAUAAAGUCCUCCUUCCCAUCACGACACCUUUACUGUCUCAACCUCUGCAAGUUAUAGACAACACUGUUCCCGAGGAGCAGAUGUUUAAAGUCCUGCUUGGGCCUUUCGGCUCUGAUGUGGCACUAAUGAACGUUACCUUCCCCUCUGAGGUUUUGUCCGUGGCGGACUGCAAAGUCAGAGGCAUUAACGUCCUGGAGCACACGUCCCCUAACAGCAGCUCAAAGUUCUUCACACUUGAAGUGCCUUUCACGGGCAGUGUUGUGCUACAAACGAAAGAAAUGGGGCUGAUGGUCUACGCUCUUCAUCUGACCUUUGGCCUGCUGGUCCUGCCAGAGUUUGCUCCGUUCUCUUACACUGCUUAUCUGGAAGCUAAAUUAGCAGACACGACUCCUCCGUCCAUCUCUGGAGGCUGCGACUAUCAGAACUUCUAUGUCCUCGUGAAAUACGGGACUCACGGCUUCAACUUUCAGACCAUAGUGGGAAAGCAAAUGUUAACCCGAGGUCGGGCUCAGCAGUACAGAUUCAUGGAGAACGGAACACACUUAAGCUUCGCCGUGCCGUUUGCGUCCCCCGAUGUUGUGUAUGAGGCCGUUCAGUCGUCCUACAUCAGAAGCAGACUCGAUGUGGUUCUGAGGAAUCCGGAAACCGGCAAACAUAUCAAAGAAUUCUCCGUAGCUUGCAAUUUCUUCUCAACACUGACUGAGUGCUUUCCCAAUGGAACCAUGACGGCUCUGGCUGUGAAACUAGAGUCUGUUCCCAGUCUGAACCCCAGUCAGCUCACCCUCAGAGACCCCAGCUGUGGUCCCUCCUACAGCGAUGACCGCUACGCUUAUUUUGUUUUCAGUGGGAGCUCCUGUGGGACGACCAGAAAGUUUUUGCCCAAUAUGAUGCUGUACGAAAACGAGAUCUCUCUGCCAGACGAGCUUGAAAUGAAAAGGGAAUUGAUGUCUGACGAGCCAGAAUAUGAAUUAAAGGUUUCUUGUUACUAUGACAUCAACAAAACCCACGCUGUGGUUUUCCACACCAGACCUCGCAGGAGUGAACCAUACGCUGAGAAUGCAAGAGGCGACUUGCAGGUUGCAAUGAGACUUGCUUUGGACGACUCCUACAGCGAGUUUCACAGCGAUGGGGAUUAUCCCAUCGCAAAGUACCUACAACAGCCGCUGUAUUUUGAGGUGGAGCUGAUGAAGUCUGCAAACCCUGAAGUGUCACUGGAGCUGGAGAACUGCUGGGCGACGCUCGACGCCGACAGGACGUCCCGACCCAGGUGGAACCUCAUCAUUAACAGCUGUGUAAACCCAGUGGACCCCAACCAGGUGAUCUUCCAUCCUGUUCAAGCUGAUGCCAGAGUUCAGUAUCCUUCUCACUUCAAGCGCUUUGGGAUCCCGAUGUUUGCCUUCGCCGAAGACCAAGAUAACUUGAGUCGCCAGCUCUUUGUCCACUGUGAUGUGGUGAUCUGUGAUGCCAGAAAUCCACUGGGUGGAGCUUGUAGCAGGCAGUGUUCAGCCCCUGAGAAUGGGAUAAAAGGUCAAAGACGUGCUGUUUUAGACGGCCAAGGUUUCAAACAUGUGUCAUCAGGACCCAUACUCAUAAGUUGA